UUCUGGUGUCUCUGCUCUGUAACACAAGAGUAGCUUGACAACAUGUUUGUUCCGGCUCUGCUCAUCUGUAUUGUGCUGAGAGCAUUCAGUGCUCAAGCAAAAGUAGUUCAUGACUUUAGACAGGAGUGUAAAGACUUUUUCUACAAGAAAACAGAACCGGGGGGAAUGGACCAGAAUGCCAAGAAAAUCUGUCAGUAUGCAGAAAAGUUAGGCCCUUAUUACGCUACUCUGUACUCGGUUUAUCACAAGAUUCCUCUCUACAGCGCCUACAGAUUUGACUCUAAAUGCUUCACCGACAGUGGAAGGCCAAGCACCUGGCAUUUAGAGCCACAGCUUUCCAAACCUGAACAACAAACUCUAUACUAUAUGGUCCAUGAGACUCAAUCUAAUAAAAACGCUUAUAAAGGAAGUCAAGCCAUCAGCAACGACUACAGUGAAACGGGAUAUGAUCGCGGACACCUGAACCCCAACAGCUUCCAAUGCAAUGAAGGCCGUAUGGCUACGUUCACGCUGACCAAUGCAGCACCUAUGGAUGCCUGCUUCAACCGUAACCAAUGGGGAAAGUGGGAGAAAACUUUGAGGAGUUUUUUAAAAGACAAGCUUGCAAGUGACGGUGGUGCUGCUACAGCCUACAUUGUCACAGGUACAGUACCCAGUGCGAACCUACGGAUACCACAACGUGAAAUCUCUGAAGAGCCUGAAAGGGUGACGGUGCCCUCUCACAUCUGGACAGCCGUCUGCUAUGAGCACCUCUCUGAUAACAAAAAGUCUUUCUCCUUCGGCUAUAUGGGGGAAAACAGGCCGGAAGGCAGCAUAAGCCUGAUGAGCGUCUCAAACCUGAACACACACAUAAAAAAUCUCUAUCGUCAGCGCGCAGAAAUUAGCAUUUUUGUGGAUGAGUGUUUUGGUGACAAUAAUAAAUUAGAUGAGGUUAAGGCCAAAUUUCAGACAUUAAGCAAUCUACCAGUGAACCCAGGAGUCCAAAUGAGCUCAGACAUGCAAAACAUUUAUCUCACAUUGAGAAGGGCUGUCAGCAGUGACAUCAUACCUGAAAAGAAAUUCAAGGUGAGUGAGAUGACGAUAAAAUUAGCCUUUGACAGCAUGAGCACUUACCACGAUGUAGUAAAGGAUCUGAAGGUUUCUUCUGGAAGCACUUGUCUUCUAACUCGUGUGAAACCACUAGUAAGGAACGAUCUCAGAAAAAGUAACAUAUCAGGGGUGUCGGAUGCUGUCGAAUGCCUGCUGGUCCAAGAGAAGCAGAAGACUGCAGCUGAUGGAUCGCCCUGCUCGAGCUUCUCUGACUCUAGAUACAGCUGUCAAUGUGAAACAAAAGGUGAAACCAAGUCCUGCUGCUCCACUCCCUGCCUGUACGAGGAGAAUCUCAAUUCCUAUAGGUGUUACUCAGGCCAGACCCAGAUUGAGUGCUCAGCCCACUACUCACUCGUCACUUUUAAUGGACAGAAGUGCUUGGAUGAUCACCCAUGUGCCAGAUACGGUGAAGACUACUACUGGUGUAAGACCAUCUCUGGCAGCUGGGACUACUGCAGCCCUCCGCUGUGGAGAAGUAAAGCUAGAAACGGGAAGUACUGCCGCACUGACCAUGCCUGUGCCAAAUAUGGAUCAGGAUAUAUGUGGUGCUACACGGAUGGUGAAGGCAAUUAUGACAAAUGCUGUACUUCUGAUGACUGCUACUCAGCUGUGAAUGGCCAAACCUGCAGGUCUAAUCACACGUGUGGCUACCAUGGGGAAGAUUACCUGUGGUGCUACACAGACUAUGAAGGCAACUGGAAUUACUGUUGCACAUCAUGUGGAUGAUAGUUGGUUUACAAUGUGUGGUAUCAUUAUAGCUAAAGCAUGACUUUGCAAAUUUGAUUGUGAUUGUACUAUGAGGUCUUACUAACCUACAAAUUAUAAAUAAAGACUCUCAUAUGUGCUUCUGAAAUUAACAGCUGCUUAAAAUGCUUAAAAUGCUUAAGCUUAAAGAGUAUAUGUAUGCAAAAACAAAAAUCUCAAUAAAAACAUAUACAAAAAAAUCUAU